ACUUCCUUAAACAGCCGCCAUUGACGCAUGCGUAUUGACGUUGAGCAAAACAGACCUCAGCUGUUUUUGUUUUGUGAGCAGAUUGAAGAGGAACGUCAUUCCAUGCCGUUACGAUACGGAAUUACUGUCUAAGCUAACGACCCGUUUCGACACAAUGCCGGGGGUCGGUACCAUCACCGACGCGGAAAGGGAGCCUCUUAUCCGGCGACAGAACGCGGAGUCGAACAUUCAGCCCGUUAUUAGUAGAGUCUAUCGGAGAAGAUGGCUGGUUCUGACCCUGUUCUCUCUACUGGGCUUUGUCCAAGGGAUGAUCUGGAACUUCUGGGGUCCCAUUCAGAACUCAGCCGUUCACGCUUACGGUUUCACCAAGUCUGACAUCGCAGUUCUGGUUCUGUGGGGUCCCGUGGGCUUCGUCCCCUGGCUGUUGUUUAUGUGGUUAGUGGAUAAGAAAGGUUUGAGAGCAUCACUGCUUCUCUCUGCCUUCCUCAUGUUGCUGGGAGCAGGUCUGAGGAGCAUCCCGCUGACAGAUCCACAGUUCAGAAGAUGGUUGAUACAUGGGGGUCAGCUUCUUAAUGGUUUGGCCGGUCCCACUAUAAUGAGCGCCGGCCCUUACCUGUCAACCACAUGGUUCGCCCCCGACCAGAGGGCAACUGCUACAGCUGUGGCCUCUCUCUUUUGCACCCUGGGAGGCUCUGCGUCAUUUAUCGUAGGACCUCUGGUUGUCCCAGCGCCCAAUGACACUCUGGCAGCAGCCGCGGUGGCGGCCGUUACCGACAGCUCCAUUCGAGACAGGAUCCAGCUGGUUAUGUACACAGAGUUGGCUGCGAUCGCUGUACUCUUUGGAGUAGUGCUCGUUUAUUUCCCAUCUCGCCCACCUGUGCCUCCCAGCGUGGCCGCUGCAAGUCAGAGACUCAGCUACAGGAGUAGCAUCUGCAGACUGAUGAGUAACUUCCGGUUCCUGAUGAUAGCACUGGCCUACGCGGUCCCUACAGGAGUGCUUGCUGGUUGGGUAGGAGUUCUUGACAUGGUUCUUACUCCUGCUAAAGUCAGUCAGGUGGAUGCAGGCUGGAUUGGUUUCUGGUCAACUGUCGGAAGUUGUGUGUUUGGCGUAGCGAUGGCCAGGUUUGCCGACUCUAUUCGGGGAAUGUUGAAGCUGAUUCUGGUGCUGAUGCUGGCAGGAGCCUCUCUGUCCUCGACGUGGUUCACACUCACCUGUCUGAACAGAUACACUCACCUACCCUCCACUGCAGCCAUCCUGUAUACCUCCUGCAUCCUGAUGGGCAUCUUCAUCAACAGCAGCGUGCCAAUAUUCUUUGAACUCUUCAUUGAGACGGUCUAUCCUGUCCCUGAAGGCUUCACUUGUGGAGUAGUGACAUUCCUGGGGAACCUGGUCACUGGUCUGCUCCUGUUCUUUCUCACAUUUUACUGUACAGACUUGUCUUGGCUGAACUGGUGUCUGACAGGUUCCUGUCUCUUCAGCCUCGUCCUCAUCCUCUUCUUCAGGGAGUCUUACGACCGCCUCUACUUGGACGUCUUUGUCUCCGUGUGACACUACAGAGGACGGAGGAUGAAAAAGAAGAGACCAAUUAUUAACACAGGACUGAAUAAAUUCUUGCACAAAAAGGAGGAAAAGGUGACCAAAGUGGAGAGUGACACCUUUUCAAGAUUUGAAAGGUGUCAGAGUGCAUACACUGGUAAUGAUGACGGGAACAACCACAGAGAACUGACAAGUGAGUCUCCAUCAGUGUUUACUGUUAUGAUAUAGUUGACCCGACGACUGUACGACUGUACAACAUUAUGAUAACUGUUUUUUCUAUGGACGUUUAUGUACACUGACAUUUAUUAACGGUUUGUUUUUCUGCACAAAGGGCACAGCGUGAUCGACUGUUAACUGUGGUUAUUGGUGUUUACUAACUGUGUCAUGUUGCAUUUGAUGAACUCUUCUUCAUCCCCCUUGGUUUACUACAGUGAGAGAUGAGAGCUCACAAGAGCUGUGUUAAAUAAAAGUUUGGGGGCAUUUUAAUAUAACUUAAAAGGGAAGAUUAUUUUUAUGUAAGACUAUAAUUCAGCUGAUUUAAUUUUUAAAUAAUUUUACAGAUUUUUUUGGCUAACAUUUAGCUUUUCUUUUCUCCACAUUUGUUUGGGCAUAUUUUUUUAAGUUAUAGCUUCAAGCUAAUGUGGGCAAAUUUUGCAGUUUUUUUAAGCUAAAGUAACCUUUAGCUACAUUUGGUGCAUGUAGCCAAUUUCUGCAAAAACAAAAAUGGGCAAAAGACAUAUUUUUAUGGGUUUUUCCAUCAUUAGUUUCUUUUUUUCCUUUUGAUUUCCAACGCUGGUGGAUCACAGGUUAAUAUGGUAUCGUCGACAUAAAGAGUGAGAACUGUAGAACUUUGUCAGCCAAUCAGCAGGCCUGGUUGUGCUGCUUAGGAGAGAAACAUAUGGAACUUGUGUGUGUGUUUUUUUAACUUCCUGCUGUGACUAACCAAGUCUUGAUUAUUUUUGUUCUUUAAAGGGACAUUGAGAGUCAUGUACUUUUAAAGACAAAUAUACUAGUAGGUCCACUUUAGACGACAGUCAAAAAACUGAAAAAAAAAGUAGUUUAAACUGUUAUGUCAUCACAUUUGAGACAACUAAUUUAAGGAUAAUUGUGUUAUUAUGAGGACAACAUUUUUUCCUCAUUUUUUAUUUUUAACGCUUCUAAAUAUUUGUUUUGUUGUUUGUAUUUAUUGCAGAUGUGUCAACACUAACUCUGUCAAUAAUGUAUAAUUAAAGAGAACUGUGUUGUCAGGAUUUUAACCACAGUUGAAAUCACAAAGAUAUUUUAACCACUUAGCUACUCCCCCUCUUAAGCACCAGCAGGGGGCUUCACGCAAACACUCUUGAUUUCGUUCCUUUACAAAAAGCUCAAAUGUGAUGAAGAAGGACUGAUUAAAAUAAAAUGUAGCCAAAAAAGAAGUUUUAUGUUGAAAGGAAAAACAUCCAGGUAAAAAACAACAACAGCUGUUUUUCACUCACAGAAAAACCUGUGUUUUUCUUGCACAGCGGCUGCAGAAGCAACGCGUUUGAAAUGUGAUAUUUUUUGACUGUUCUCUUUCCUGGUGCUCUUUUUUUCCACGUGAUGGUUUUUGCACCUUUCCCUGUACAGAAAAGGUUAAACUUUUACCUUCACCAACGUGCUGCCUUAAUUACCCUGUGAGGUGCGUUCAAUGUCUCCCUGUGUUUUCACACUGUGACCAUUUAUUUCCAGUGUAGUUAAAGGUCAUGUUCUUCUGUUCUGCAGGUUUCCAGGGCUUUGGGUUAUAAAAAAUGUCCUUGUUCUGUGAAAAGUAAAAAAAAAAAAAAAAAAAAAAGAAUGUGACUGUCGACUAUUUACAGUACCUUAUUAAAAUGAACAUUUUCACACCUCCAAUCCUGCUCUGCUGUUUUUGGAGGACGUUAUUUCACUCUAACUUUAGUCAGUGUAAUCCCUGCAUUAAUGAUCUGUGACAUCAUCAUCAUCAUUAUCCUUAACUUCAGCAGAUAAAUUAGGGAGAACGAUUGCAUUAGCUUACAGAGUUUAGUCUUUUUUUUUUUUAAUUUCCCCUCAUUGGAUAGAUAAGGGUCCCCACCCUCUAGUCUUUGGACCGGUACAGGUCAGGAGUCCAGACAGACAAAAGUCCGUUGUUCCGCCAUUAUUACAUGACAGUUAUUCUUGUUGACCAGUGCAGGAGGCAUAUGAACACUGAAUGAACAUACUGUACAUCCUUGUUAGACAGUUCAGGUGCCAACAUUAAUUCCUGUUACUCCUGAAACUUCCAGUCAUUGUCAGUCGAUCCUUGAAUAGAUGUUUUAUUGUAACUAAACAUUUGACAAGUUGACACUUCUGGUGAUAAUUUGUCGACGUUGUUGAGCCCUGAAGGAGC